GUCCAAAAUGCUAAACAGAUGAACAGUGGGCUGAAACAGCUGUUGGAGUCUGGGAUUGAGGAGUAUAGAACGACUGAGAAUACCCAGAAGGUGAAUGCCCGAUGGACUACUGAUGAGCAGCUUCUAGCUGUUCAAGGAGUCAGGAAGUACGGCAAAAACUUUCAGGCCAUUGCUGAUGUCAUAGGUAACAAAACGGUGGGACAGGUGAAAAACUUCUUUGUGAACUACCGUCGUCGGUUCAACCUGGAGGAGGUACUGCUGGAGUGGGAGGCAGAGCAAGGAACUCGGCCUCAAAAUGGAGAAACCACUUCAAGUGAAGAGGGAAAGAACAGUUCAACCACCCCUUCAACGAAGAGCACUGAUGAGGAGGAUGAAGAGGGUCAGGUUACUUCUUCAGCCCCCACCACUCCUGAGGCCCUCUCUGCCAGCCACACCUUCACUACAUCGCCAGCCACCGCCGCUCCAACAACAGGCUCGCUUUCUGCAACCUCGAACCACCCUACAGCAACCCCCACCUCUUAUCCGUCCCUCCAACGCCAUGCCACCACGCCUCAACCCUCGCCCUACUCCUGUAAACCUUGGCAAUAACACUGUGGAUCCAGCCCAGAGCUCCAACCAGCAGCCGUGCGGCCUGUCAGACACAGCUUCAUCCUCUUCUCUCCAAUAACUUCAGAUGUCUUAGAGUCAACUUCUCAGUGAGUGGAGGUGUACAACAUCAAUCAUAAUAGCACUGACAUUUUAAUUGUACCAAAAUACUGUAUUACAAAAAAGUUAAAAAACAUCAUUCAGACAUUGUUGUUUUAUUUCCAAUAUUGGAAUCUGAAGUGAAAUGUCUUUUCCACUGAUCUUGAAUGCAGCCUCUGUUUGAUUAUUGUGACAUGGUUUGAUUCAAUUCAAUUAAGUUUACUCAUAUACCGGUAGUCACAACACAGCCUUCACACAAAGACAAUUCUGCUAUAAAGUGACAGAUCAUACAGUCAGAUUGGUAAAAAGUUUUCUGGCCAAUGAAAACCAGCUGAACGCCUUGAGUCAUUGACUUGCAGGACAGACUGGAUAUGCAUGUGGCAACAGUAGAUAUCUGUUUUGAUUUUGUUGCUGAUUACACUGCCAUCCCACAAACUAAGCAAGCAUGUAGUGACAGCAGAGUGGAAAAAUUCCCUCCUGCAAUACCAGGCUCCUUCUGUUCAAGGAGACAAAAGCAGACAUACAAAAGAAUAGUAGAAGCACUGAUACAGAAAUACUGAACAUGUUAAAAAAAGGUUAUGGUAAAUUAGCUCCAUAAGGGGCUCUGUCUAGGAGUUUGAGCUCGGAGGCAGUUUUAAUGUCAAAGGGAUGAAAGAGAACACAUACCUUUAGCCAGAGUUAAAGCUGAGCACAUAGCUAUGUCUAAGAUUUAAAAAAGAGCUAAACAAUGAAAAACAGGCCCAACUCUAUCUUUAAUCAAAGGUGUUGACUGCAGCAGCCAAGCUGAUAUUUACCUCCAGGACGACAUCACUGCCAAAAAGGAUCAGACGAGAUAAAGCUACUUUGACUAGAAAAACAGAUAGCAUAAAGUUACAGGUUAAACUACUAAAUACUAGUGCUAGAUACUGCAGAAUAGGGGAUAAAGAUUCAAUUAAACGAUUGAAAAGGGGUCCCUAUGUCCUCCAAUAGUCUAAGCCUAUAGCAGCAUAAUUAUGGAGAUAGCUCUGGAUAACCUGCGCCACUAUAAAUAUAAACUUCAAUCAAAAAGAAAGGUAUUAAGCUUUGCCUUAAAAGUAGAAAGGGUGUUUGCCUCAUUGAUUAAAACUGGUAGUUCAUUCCAAAGGACAGGAGCCAGAUAACUAAAACCCUUGCUACCGUUCUACUAGUAAACCCACAAUGAUUUGUUUGAAACAUAUAGAACAAUCAAAUCUCUAAUAUAAGAUGGAGCUUGGUUAUGUACAUGUACUUCUUUGAAACACUAUGUGGGAGGGAUCUGAAUUUUUUAUUUAUGAAUCAGGAAAAAGCCCAAGCAUACAUAGACCUAUGGAAACUUAUUGCAAUCUAAUAAUUACGAUCUCAUAAUUACAAGAUAAGAUCUCGUAACUACGAGAUCAGUAUCUGGUAAUUAAGAGAUCUUAUCAUAAUAAUGAGGAGAUAUCUCCUAAUUAAAAGAUCUUAUCUAUAUAUUUGGUUAUUAUUACUUAAGCCAGUAAUGUAACAUCUCUCAGAAAAGGGGUCUUCAUGAUUAAUUCUUAAAAAUAUCUGCAUCUGUUCCACUGAAAAGUUCUCUGUACCCAGGUCUGACCUGAUUUGCAUCGGAGUUGCGCUUCUGAUUUCCACUUUAUCAUUAAAGUACCCAGGUAUAACCCUUUGAAUACUUCCUGUGGUACUGCAGCCAUAUGACCAUAUGCCAAAAUCCUUUAACAGCUCCAUUAAUACAGAUUCUGUAUGGUUUUAGUUUUUCGUAUGAAUCAACAUGCCACAUGAAGUUGGGACCUGGGUUUCUGUAGAGACGUCGUCUUAGACAAUUCUGAAGCCGCAGCUGUACUACUUGACGAAGGAUUUUUGACCAGGUAUCGAACAGUUCCUUUGAACACCACUAAGCCAGCUUGAAUGCAUUUCAGAUGAAUUAUUUAUGGCCAUAAAGUGUUCCAUGCUGGUUUAAAUGCUCCUGCAGGAACAGUUUGACUUCGAGCAACUCAGAGUAGAGUAGACUUUUUCGCCUAGAAAAUCCUAGGUUAAGGUAUAUGCGCAAUAGUGACAAACUAAAGCUAAUUCCAUCCACAUCGAGGAAACUCAGUAUUUCCCAGCAAAACCUAAAAGAAAAUAAAAGCAUAUUAAAUCCGACAAUCCACAUAUUGUUCACGUUUCACGUAGCUUAGCUCAGCAAUGCCAUGACUGUCCUUCCUGAUCUCCUAAAUAUGACAUAUUAUGUCAUAUUUAUGACAUCUUGUUUCAUAAUUAUGAGAUAAGAGCUCAUAACAUUCAGGUCAGGAUCUCAUAAUUAGGAUAUCAGAAACUCGUAAUUAUGAGAUAUUAUCUCAUAAUUAUUACAUUUACCUUGUAAUUUUGAGAAAAGAUCUCAGAAUUACAAGAUACUGAUCCCGUAAUUAUGAGAUAAGCUGUCAGAUGUUUUUUUCUUUGGUGAAUGCAGUAUGCUUAUGUAUAGACCAGUAUUCAUUCAUCUCUAUAGCUUGAUAAGGAAAUAACAUCCUUAUGUAACAUCCACAUAAGCCAUGUAAAGAACAUAUAAAAUGACCGAUGGUAGGUGCUUUAGCCUUUCAUUCUCAAACAAAUCUGAAGUGCGUUUGCCUUAAGGUGUACACAGUGUUGCAUACAAAAUGGGCUCAAUCAUACAGUUGGAACUGGUCUUAUCACCAAUUACUGGCCAGUAAUUUCCUCCGAUGCAUUUUUCCUAUGUCUGUUUGGUGGUUUCAUAAAUAUCUAUGUUGACAAGAGCAAUCAAUCCAAAUUUCUUAUUUUAUUAGAGGAGUCAACUUCAUCCUAUUUACGUUUUCCUGUUUGCAGAAAAGCUAACAAGCUUAAAUGGAAAUCUUGAUAGAUCCUGAAGAUUAUGAUGAAGUGACGUGUCGUGAAAAUGGUCAAACAAGUAGUAACAUUGUUUAAGAUUAAAGUUAAAUAAUUUUAGACUAGGUAUUUAUCAGAUAAAACCUCUGAAUGAAGGAAUAUAUACUUCCUUCAUACCAGACCUUCCCUUAACCUUGAGUUUUUUGUACAUACUGUUGUAUUGUUAUAACCAUUGGACACUGAUAUAAGAUUUUGGCAGAAGUAUAAAAUGUUUUUUGUGUAUGUGAUUUUUUGUCUGUUAAUUAUUUAUAAUUUCUUUCUCUAUUAAGGAUCCUACUGAACAGUGGGUUAAUCCCACUCUUAACUGUGUAUUACAUACUUGCUCAUAUGAUUCGCAAAUGAAAUAAACAUAAAUCCCCCUGAUGGAAUUUAUUUAGAACAAUAUCUCCAACAUUUUGAUUAAUUUCUUUUAUAAGUAGCAUAAUAAACAUGUCUUAUCUUUGUUUUGUAAUUUGCUGACAAAGGAUAGAAGAAGGUGGCUUGUGGUUAAAAAGUUAAGCUAACUACGCAGCCUUCUAAAAUAGUUACAAGUACCUUUUUCAAACUCCUCAAACUGUCACUAUUGGUCCUUAAGGAGGAUCCUAAACCCCACAUUGUUCUCUGGCCACUGCAAGCUGCCCAUUGCUCCCUAAGGGAUGAGUUAAAUGUAGCAGAAUAACAUUUCUUUUAUGUAUAUUUCCACCCUGUAGAGGAUUGAUUAUUGAACAUUAACUUUUAGCAAGAUAGAAUCAGUAGGAUUCUAUCAGUCCAAAUAGACCUUUGCUACAGUCUGCUAAAUCCAUCAGUUACUGUACCAAUCUUGAAAAUGCUUAAGGUUAACUGAAAUCCUGUGGAUCUGUUUUUUUUUUUUUUUAUAAAAAAAAAAGUAAAGUCAAACAUUUUUUUUAUGUAAGCAAAAUGUUAUUGUUGCUCUCUUUUAUUUUUUUUUUAUCAUCCUCUCUUUUGUAUGUAUAUACAAAGAAACUGGGAACCAAUUUCUGUUUUGGACUUCAUGUAAUGUUAUUAUGGAAAAAAUGCUUGUAAUUAAUUUUGUUUUUACACGUGUCACAUAUCACGUCUAUAUUUACUGGAAUCAUAUAGAAGGUAAUUUUUUUCAUUAUAAGUUUGACCUUUGCUGUAAAGCCACAAAAUUUCCUCUUUCUGGAGUUGGAAUUAAUAGUUAUCAAUAAAUAUUUUGUAUAAAGUUGUUUAAUUCUUCAUAAGAUAGGUUUGCUUAUUAUGUUGAGGAUCUUUCAGGUUGAACGGAGGCCACUUUGGCCUUCUUACCUUAAAGGGGAAUGCCGGUUUUUUUACAUUGGGCCCUUGAUUUUACAUUAUUACAUCAUGUUCUACUCACCCAUAUUAGUUUUGUGCCAUUUGGAGCUGUUCUGAAGAUAUUCCGUUAGGUUAUAUCUAAGUAACGUUUUCCUAUGGGCAACAAGUUGAAGGCACAAACUAAACUCAGAUUAGCUCGCCGAAUGAAUAGAAGGUGUAGAGCGUAGCCGGCUGUGGCCCGGGCUGCCUGUUACUUUUUUUUUUUUUAUUAUCAAUAAACUUUAUUGAACAAAUGUACAAAACAAACAGGUUUUGUAUUAAGGGACAGCACAUCAGAGGGGGAGAUAUAAAGACUUGCACAAGAGUUACACAAUAAUUGAACUAGACAA